UUGUAAGCAAUACUUGAGUUCCUUGCUAUCUCUUAGCUAGGCAAGCACAAGUCGAGGAAAUGGCGACCGAGAAGGAAGUGUCGGGUGGUUUAGGUUUAGAAUGGAGAGUGACAGUCCCCGAAGGGUCGUCGGUGAAGAUGGAACCCGAGCCGAGCUGGAUUUCCAGGACUUGGAAUCGGCUGGUCGAGUUGGGAUCAAAGUUGAGAUCGAAGGUGUCGACGUUUGGGAAGAAGGUUUGGAAGAUUGGUGCAGAUAGUCCGAGGAAGGUCAUACAUGGUGCCAAAGUAGGAGCUGCGCUCACUCUAGUGUCACUCUUUUAUUAUCUUAGGCCCUUGUACAAUGGCUUCGGGAGUUCAGCUAUGUGGGCUGUGAUGACUGUCGUCGUGGUCUUCGAGUACACUGUUGGUGGGUGCUUGUACAAAGGAAUCAACAGAGCAAUAGCAACACUCAGCGCCGGCGGUCUUGCAGUUGGCAUCGACUGGGUUGCAAGCAAAUCCGGAGAAAGUUGGGAACCAGUAAUUCUGAGUGCGUCCGUCUUCCUGCUAGCUUCAGCUGCAACAUUUUCCCGGUUCUUGCCGACAGUGAAAGCUCGGUUUGAUUAUGGUGUUACCAUCUUUAUCCUCACCUUCAGCUUGGUAGCAGUUUCCGGCUACCGCGUAGAAGAACUGAUUAAUUUAGCAGUGCAACGCAUAGCGACCAUCGCCAUUGGUAUCGCUAUUGCUCUUUCCAUUUGCAUACUUGUUUACCCUGUUUGGUCCGGCCAAGAGCUUCACCUCCUCGUUUCCCGCAACAUGGAGAAGCUCGCUGAUUCCUUAGAGGGUUGCGUAGAGGAUUACUUCAUGAAGAGCGAGAUCACGGAUGCGAAAGAAUCAUCAGCCACUCGGUCGGAGGGCUACAAGUGUGUCCUAAACUCAAAAGCAUCUGAAGAUUCACAGGCAAAUUUAGCGAGAUGGGAACCUGCACAUGGUCGCUUUGGAUUUAGACAUCCAUGGAAACAGUAUCUCAAGGUCGCAGCUGCACUGAGGAACUGUGCUUACUGCGUAGAGGCCCUCCACGGCUGCAUCAAUUCAGAAGCUAAGGCUCCUGAAUGUAUGAAGAAACAUCUGAGAGAUGCUUGCAUGAAACUGAGCUCGGACUCAUCCAAGGUCCUAAAGGAGUUGUCGAGCUCCAUCAAGCUGAUGAAAAGGUCUAAAUCCAUUGAUGCGUUGGUUGGAGAGAUGAAGAAUGCGGUGCACGAGCUCCAAAAUGCUUUCGCAUCGCUUCCCAACCACCUGACGCAAACAACAGCCUCGAGCCCAAUUGAAUCAACCGAAGGGAAGAAGAACAGCAACAUCUCAAUUGCAGAUGGAGUGGCCCUAAUGGAAGCCAUGCCUCUCAUGACAAUAGCAUCGUUGCUUAUUGAGAUAUCAGCGAGGAUCCAAGGGGUCGUCGAUGCUGUCGGCACGCUAGCAACCCUUGCACGCUUUGAAGGCAUCCGUAAUGAGAAGUCCUCCUCGAAAGUACAAGCUGAAGAACAAGAAGACAAAGCCCUUCAAGAGGUUUGAACCUAAUUGAUGUGAAAAUGUCGGACGAGUCUAUCUUAUAUGGGAAGGAACUAUUGUAGACAUCGAGUUAUUAGUUGACAUUCAUACGUAUCAAAUGCUAUUCUUAUUUUGUCUAUACGGGGUGGGCAAUGAAAUUAAAUGGAUGUUAAACUAUAUAAAACG